UUGAGACAUGUGACUGCAGUAGCUGAAGCCACUAUCAACAGCUUCAAACAUAUUAUUGAUCAAGAUGGAACAAUUCAUGAGUAAACAUUCAAAUCUAUUAUUUGCUGAUCUUGAUACUAGGACUUCUGAUAUGAUAUGCAACCUUUUGCCCUUCUCAUUGACCCAGUUUCACAUGAACGGCCACACGCUGUCUGUUCCCCGCGACUCUUGGUUGCGUCGAUCUGGCAAUUGAGACCUUGAAGACAUCAAGGUCCAAAUGGCUGCUACCAAUGUUAAACAGUCCUUCACUGAUCCGUGGAGGACGUCACCGCACAAAACCCCUGCGCGUUCAGGAGAAGUGACCAAUGGUCGCAUCGCUCACACAUUAACCGCCUGUACGCGGUGCAGACAGAGAAAAUCGAGAUGCGACCCAGGGAUACCCAGAUGCGAGCCCUGCCAACGAUCCAAUACGAAAUGCGUAUACUAUGACCCAGCAAGAAAUCGAAAUAUAUCAAGGACGUAUAUAUUGCAGUUGCGCGAAAGGAUAAAGAUUCUUAGCCAGGAAUUGGCUCAGGUCGAGAGCGAAAUCAGCCAUUGUCCUGAUGCCGAACUCAUGGUUCGCGGGGCAGGUCUCAUAAGGUUCAAAGAAACAGAUGAGCCCAGGUUCCUAGGACCGUCAAGUGGCAUCACGAUUACUCGUCUUGUGAUGGAAAUGGCAAAGCAGAAUACAGAUUCGAAGAGCAUUAAAGAAGUCGUGAAUGAGGCCACUGCGCAGGAAAUCAAAUAUGCUUUUACCCAGGAGAGUCAAAAACCAACCUCGAAAAUAUAUCCAAUGAUAAGUUCUGUUGCGGAGCCUAAUCUCCCACCACGGGAGUUGACCUACCGACUCGUGGAUAUAUUCAUGGUCAAAGCGCAAUACAUGCUUCCCACCUUGCAUGAACCUUCAUUCCGCCGGGAAAUAGAUGCUGUUUUGGACGGAUCUCAAGACCCUUGCCAUAAUUUCCAAUCCCGACUUGUCAUUGCGAUCAGCAUGCAGAAGCUCAGCCCACAGUAUGCGGGAUUGGCAGACAGCUACUAUCUGGCUGCACUUCCCUUUUUGGAUCCUUCAAUAAAACGGAUGGACAUAUCCACUCUACAGUGUUUAGCACUCAUCGCGCAGUAUUCAUUAUUAACGCCAACAAGGACUGCCGCAUAUUGGGUAGUGGGGGUUGCUGUUAAAAUUUGCCAAGAUCUAGGUUUAACGGAUGAGGAGACCAUAACGAAGUCAUCGUCAGGCCCGCUAGAUUGUCUCGAACUAGAUAUGCGAAGGCGCCUAUUCUGGAUUAUAACAUCAAUGGAAUAUGGUUUGUCUCAUAGCCUUGGUCGUCCGAGUGCUUUCGCCAUAACCCACGAUCAUAUAAAUGUUGAAUUCUUUUCUAUGGUUGAUGAUCGUUUUAUUACACGCGGCGGCAUCCUGCCCGGCAGCCAACCAAUUAUGAAGAAGUGUAUUGCAAUUCAUUUCUUUAAAAUGAGACUCCUCCAGGCCGAAAUCCGACGAACGUUAUACCUUAAAAAGCGAGAUAGACCCCACGAUGACAAUGAUCCGUGGUUUACUAAUAUGUUAGCUAAACUUGAUCGCUGGGUUGCGUCCUGCCCGAAAAAUGAUGAGGGUAGCGGGCUUAGCGAGUUAUGGUUCCAAGGAAGGCGGAAUACGAUGAUCGUAUUCAUGUUUCGGCCAUCUCCACAGGUCCCGGAACCUUCCCUUGAGGCUGCGACGAGGUGUUACAAUGCAUCUGUCUUUAACAUAAAAAUGCAUAAAACUCAAGUCGACACGAAUUCUGUGGACCUGACUUGGAUUUUCACCCAGUCUGUAUUCAUGGCAUUGAAUACUGUUCUUUGGUCACUUUCAUAUCCUGCAAUUCGACAGGAACAUCCCAUCGACGAGGUUAAAGGCCAUAUUGCUAUUGCCUUAGACGUACUUAUAGUGAGUGCGGAGCGAUGGCCAGGGGUAGAAUCUGCCCUCCAACUUUAUAGAAGCCUUAUUGCAGGCUGCCUCAGAGCUUAUGGGACCGAUGAAUCUUUCGUGGUACAGUCUCCGUCCAACCGCUCCUCUCCUUCCUCGUCACAUGAAGUCACGACCCCUCCAUCCGUGUCCACUCCCCGUAGCGAUGCUACGAUUUCCGUCGCCUCAUCUUGUCAUACGACUAUCGAUGAGUGUGUGACGCCGGGCCCAUCUCCAUCACUCUCUCAAGCAAUCCCCAACGUCGUUAAUCGUCCACAGCCAUAUCCAGUUUGUGUCAGUCGGAACACAUCCCCUAAGUCACCAACAGCCACUCCUUCACCAGCUCCCUUUGUACCACAGUCCAAGUACCAGGAGUCAACCCAGCUCAGGCAAGCAGUGGCGACGACAUCAUAUGCACCUCCAGUUGCCAAUCAUAGCGACGUUCCGUUUGAUCCAAAUUCCCUAUAUAACCAUUUUCCUUCCGUGCUUCCAGGCUUACAGCACUGGGAUCCGAAUUAUACUACGGCAUCCACGACAGCAGGCCAUCUUACCUAUUCCAAUGCCAACGUUGACCCAAUGUUCUGGCUAGGAUCGAUUGGGGACCAAUACUCUCAAUUCUUUAACCAGCCAUACCCCAUAGAUGUCCGGGGACGAAGCUUAACUCAAGAGGAACAUAUGGAGCUAAUGGCAAAUUUGGUUCAAAACCCUCCGGAAGUUUCGUACCACAUUAGUGAACCAAUGGCGUACUACAACUGCGAAAUGCCAUAAAAUUGCGGCUGCUGCCCACGAUUGACUAAUGAUUCUGGAAAUACAAUAAACUCCCUUACACGCCUGCCACCUACCAGCCGGUGGCAUAAUAAUGAAGAUCGGCCUCAUCGAAUAUUGUGUAUUCAUGUUGUCGCCUAAUUCCCUUUUUUCUCCCUAGGCGGCAGACGCGCCGCAUGGAAUUCUCACUAUAUUAUUAGAGGAACUGACAUAAUCCUGUCGCCUGUGUAUAUUUGUGCGCGCUUCAACGUCGUGUCAUGGCGAACUGCGAAAAUGGAGUAUACGUCCAUAGAUAUUCAUGAUCAUUUCUUUGGCAUAUUUCUCUUUCAUUUUGUUCUGCAAAGUGUUUGAUUUUUAUGGAUCUCCUUUAUUAAUGCUUUUGCCAUGGGAUUUAUGCCCAUUUGGGGAGGACCCGGUGGAUAUUUUUACCUCCCAAUCUAGCACCACAUAUUUACUUAGGUAAUAGCUAAGUAGUUCCAGGGGUACUCAACGCAUAUCCCCAUCAGCGCUCAAGUUGAAUUCCUAUUGAAUGAAAAUGUCAACGCGUUUGUUUGAUUGUUAGGUAGGCUGGUCUUAACAUUGGACGAAAUAAUUCAGGGAGCAAUACCUUUCAAAGAUGGAAUAUUUGCGCCGCUUUUAACUUAACUCUCUCGUCGAUCCCUGGUUAACGAUGAUGUCUUUCACAAAGUUUGUGAAAUGAUACCAGUGGGGUUGGAGACCUUCCGGGAGUAUGAAGGGAUGCGUGGUGAGGGCCAAAGGUUCUCUAUCUACACAUGGGGGUAGCAUUCCAUUCCAUCAAGAUUCAAAUCGCUGGUGUAAGCACUUUGGGAAAAGAAGUCGAUGGUGAGGUGUUGAAUAUUCCAGUUGAAAUAUUUCCAAGUGUGGAUACUAUAAGUCCCCUGCGUUACUCUCGCUGAUGCUGGUAAGACAAGCUCCUCCUUGCCCUAUUAUCAUCGUAUGCACCACGAGUAGGAUUGGAAUCCUACUCUGUCACAUUUCUGUUCAUGAUGGCGUCCCAGUGGUUGAAAACUGUUUCUCAUCGCCCCUUUCUCGUUUGAACCCUUCCUCUCCACCAUUGCUGUUCCAGGAAGGAAUUUCUCUCCGCGCCGGCGGGUUUCUUUCAGCUCGCUUCGAGAAAUUUAAGGUGGAGGCAGGAUUUAAAUUGGCGCGAAUGACAGGCUCCAUGUUUUUAUACAUGUGUAGAAUCCGAGCAAGAUUUGGUGUUUACGCCUAAAUAAGCUGGUUAGGAAGAGUAUUCGAUGCCAUAACAAUCAUUAUUUUACCAGCAAGGUUGGGUUUAGCUACGUUUGAGAUAAAAAGCUGCUUCCGCAAAAGUAGCCAAUUAACGUCCAUUCUAGCCAAAAUUGGACUUCCCACUUCUUCAGUCUAUGUGGGGAUGCGAGAAGAAAGUUUUCGCGCUCGCAUGUUGGUAAUAUGGUUAUAUGGAGUACUAAUUUCAUGCGCACGUAGAAAGGUCGCUAGCGUAUGGCGAUGUUUUCACUUCAAAGGAGCUUCUCUCCUGCGAUGGCAGGGCUGGAAGGCAAAUCAAGUAGAAGAUCCAAAAUGAGUUCAGGCGCGAGCAGCCGUUGGAAAGAAUUCAAGAAAGGGGAUGAACCGAAGACGAGAAAAGAAUUGACGCAGAAGAAGAUAUGUAAGUUACAUGUAGAAGUAAAAUGGCAUUGUUACUAUGAAAGAGACUGGAACGCAGAAUACAAAAUACAGAUGUAAAUGCCAAAAGAACCUGCCCACCAAUAGAUCAUGAUGCUUCAG